AUGGUGACCUUUGCGGAGAAGUCGGCGGUGCAGCCCAUGCUUCGGGAGCCGUCAUGCAUCACCACGCACCUGUCCCCCGGGCUGCGGCGCAAACAACUAAUGUGGCAGAAUGCCAUCAAACACAUCAUCAGCCAACAGGAGAUAAAUGAGCAGGUGAAUUUACGUGACACGUCCAAAUCAGCUCUCCUCCUACACUAUGAGAAGUGUUAGCCACGUCUUAACUAUACACUCUUAGAAUAAAUGGUGCUAUCUAGGACCUAAAAUGGUUCUUCGGCUGUUCCCAUAGGAGAACCCUUUUUGUUUAGAACCAAUGGAACCCAAAAGGGUUCUACCUGGAACCAAAAAGGGUUAUUCUAUGGGGACAGCCGAAGACCCUUUCUGAACCCUUUUUUCUAAGAGUAUGCUGUCCACAUUCCUUGCUUCCUUCCUUCCGGAAAUCCCUAGACCCACUCCAAUUCGCAUACCGCCCCAACAGAUCCACAGAUGACACAAUCUCAAUCGCACUCCACACUGCCCUUUCCCACCCGGACAAAAGGAACACCUAUGUGAAAAUGCUGUGCAUUGACUACAGCUCAGCGUUCAACACCAUAGUGCCCACAAAGCUCAUCACUAAGCUAAGGACCCUGGGACUAAUCACCUCCCUCUGCAACUGGAUCCUGGACUUCCUGACGGGCCGCCCCCAGGUGGUAAGGGUAGGCAACAACACAUCUGCCACGCUGAUCCUCAACACCGGGGCCCCUCAGGAGUGCGUGCUUAGUCCCGUCCUGUACUCCCUGUUCACCCACAACUGCGUGGCCAAGCACGACUCCAACACCAUCAUUAAGUUUGCUGAUGACACAACAGUGAUAGGCCUGAUCACCGACAACGAUGAGACAGCCUAUAGGGAGGAGGUCAGAGACCUGGCAGUGUGGUGCCAGGACAACAACCUCUCCCUCAAUGUGAGCAAGACAAAGGAGAUGAUCGUGGACUACAGGAAAAGGAGGCCCCCAUUAACAUUGACGGGGCUGUAGUGGAGCUUGUUGAGAGUUUCAAGUUCCUUGAUGGCCACAUCACCAACAAACUAUCAUGGUCCAAACACACCAAGACAGUCGUGAAGAGGGCACGACAACACCUUUUCCCCCUCAGGAGACUGAAAAGAUUUGGCAUGGGUCCCCAGAUUCUCAAAAAGUUAUACAGCUGCACCAUCGAGAGCAUCCUGUCUGGUUGCAUCACCGCCUGGUAUGGCAACUGCUCGGCAUCCGACCGUAAGGCGCUACAGAGGGUAGUGUGUACGGCCCAGUACAUCACUGGGGCUAAGCUUCCUGCCAUCCAGAACCUAUAUACUAGGCGGUGUCAGAGGAAGGCCCAAAAAAUGUCUAAGACUCCAGUCACCCAUGUCAUAGACUGUUCUCUCUGCUACCGCAUGGCAAGUGGUACCGGAGCGCCAAGUCUAGGUCCAAAAGGCUCCUUAACAGCUUCUACUCCCAAGCUAUAAGACUGCUGAACAAUUAAUAAAAUGGCCACGCAGACUAUUUACAUUGUUUUUACACUGCUGCUACUCACUUUUUAUUAUCUAUGCAUAGUCACUUUACCCCAACCUACAUGAACAGUUGAAGUCGGAAAUGUACAUACGCCUUAGCCAAAUACAUUUAAACUCAGUUUUUCACAAUUCCUGACAUUUAAUCCUAGUAAAAAUUCCCUGUCUUAGGUCAGUUAGGAUCUCCACUUUAUUUUAAGAAUGUGAAAUGUCAGAAUAAUAGUAGAGAAUGAUUUAUUUCAGCUUUUAUUUUUUUCAUCACAUUCCCAGUGGGUCAGAAGUUUACAUACACUCAAUUAGUAUUUGGUAGCAUUGCCUUUAAAUUGUUUAACUUGGGUCAAACAUUUCGGGUAGCCUUCCACAAGCUUCCCACAAUAAGUUGGGUGAAUUUCGGCCCAUUCCUCCUGACAGAGCUGGUGUAACUGAGUCAGGUUUAUAGGCCACCUUGCUCACACACGCUUUUUCAGUUCUGCCCACAAAUGUUCUAUAGGUUUGAGGUCAGGGCUUUGUGAUGGCCACUCCAAUACCUUGACUUUGUUGUCCUUAAGCCAUUUUGCCACAACUUUGGAAGAAUACUUGGGGUCAUUGUCCAUUUGGAAGACCCAUUUGCGACCAAGCUUUAACUUCCUGACUGAUAUCUUGAGAUGUUGCUUCAAUAUAUCCACAUAAUUUUCCUUCCUCAUGAUGCCAUCUAUUUUGUGAAGUGCACCAGUCCCUCCUGCAGCAAAUCACCCCCACAGCAUGAUGCUGCCACCCCGUGCUUCACGGUUGGCUUUUUUAAUGACGGUUUUGGAGUAGUGGCUUCGUCCUUGCUGAGCGGCCUUUCAGGUUAUGUCGAUAUAGGACUUGUUUUACUGUGGAUAUAGAUACUUUUGUACCUGUUUCCUCCAGCAUCUUCACAAGGUCCUUUGCUGUUGUUCUGGGAUUGAUUUGCACUUUUCGCACCAAAGUAUGUUCAUCUCUAGGAGACAAAACACAUCUCAUUCCUGAGCGGUAUGAUGGCUGCGUGGUCCCAUGGUGUUUAUACUUGCGUACUAAUGUUUGUACAGAUGAACAUGAUACCUUCAGGCAUUUGGAAAUUGCUCCCAAGGGAUGAACCAGACUUGUGGAGGUGUACAAUCUUUUUUCUGAGGUGUUGGCUGAUUUCUUAAGAUUUUCCCAUGAUGUCAAGCAAAGAGGCACUGAGUUUGAAGGUAGGCCUUGAAAUACAUCCACAGGUACACCUCCAAUUGACUCAAAUGAUGUCAAUUAGCCUAUCAGAAGCUUCUAAAGCCAUGACAUCAUUUUCUGGAAUUUUCCAAGUUGUUUAAAGGCACAGUCAACUUAGUGUAUGUAAACUUCUGACCCAAUGGAAUUGUGAUACAGUGAAUUAUAAGUGAAAUUAUCUGUCUGUAAACAAUUGUUGGAAAAAUGACUUGUGUCAUGCACAAAGAAGAUGUCCUAAUCGACUUGCCAAAACUAUAGUUUGUUAACAAGAAAUGUGUGGAGUGGUUGAAAAACUAGUUUUAAUGACUCCAACCUAAGUGUAUGUAAACUUCCGACCUAAACUGUACAAACUACCUCGACUAACCUGUACCCCCGCACAUUGACUCUGUACCAGUACCCCCUGUAUAUAGCCUCGUUAUUGUUAUGUCAUUUUAUAUUUUAUUGAGUUACUUUUUAUUUUUAUUUUCUUAACUCUAUUUCUUGAACUGCAUUGUUGGUUAAGUGCUUGUAAGUAAGCAUUUCACGGUAAGGUCUACCCUGUUGUAUUCGGCGCAUGUGACAAAUACAUUUUGAUUUAAUUUGUCUCCUUUUCCUCUUGACCACUAAUAGGUAAGGUGAAAGUAGUGUGUCUAGUAGAGUCUUCAUUAUUUUAACCAAAGGGGCAGGUGGGACUUGAUGACUUUACAUCAUGUUACUCUCACAUUUUCAGAAACUCAUCUCAGAUUAGUAGUCAUGAAAAUGGGAUGAGAAAAACAAUUGAUUUAUAUAAUAUCAAUCACACUGUACAGUACAGUGUUGACUUUUAAUCUGUGUGUCUUUGUCUAUGUCUUUGAUAGGUAGGGGUGGAGCCAGCGCGUAAAAUCUUCGCCACCGACACCUACAUCGACGAGAUCAACCGCCAGAUCCGCAGCAAGGCCUCACGAGGGGCCACUAAACGCCGCUCCUCGGUCUCCCGCGUCCACCCCCACUACGAGCGCAGCUCCACCAGCACCCACCACAGCGGCUCCCACGGCGACUGCUCCAGCGAUGCUGAUUUCUUCAUGCGCUGGGGCCCCAUGGUGCGUGGCGUGUACUUGCCCACGCUACGACACACCUUCAAGUCCCGCGACCUGGAGACGCUCUACCAGCAACACUCCUCCCACCAACGACGCACCUCACUGGCUGUCACCAACGUCAUCGACGCCGUGGCCAAACUACACAUCCUGGUCCUGUACCUGGCGCUGGUGCCCGAGGCCUCCACGGACGCACUGCGUGGUUGGCUGACGGGUUUAUUCAUGGGAGUGUCCGUAGUGCUGUGUGUCCUGGUUCUGACUUGUAAGGACUCCAUGUCUCCUCAGUGGCUGCGCUACGCUGGUCUGGCUAGCUGGCUGUCCCAGACCACACAGGUGCUGGGUGGCCUGGCCUACGGGCUGGAGAGGGACCCUUCAUGGUACGUGCUGUUCACGCUGUUCGCCACCUACACACUGCUCCCACUACCCCUGCUCUGGGCCAUGUGCGCCGGCUCACUCACCUCAGCACUAGAACUCCUGGUGGAGAUCAUCCGUCACUACAAUGAUGCAGAACUGCUGAGAAAGGUGAGCGAAUUGCUGCUGCUUGGUUUUAUACAGAGGGAGGUCAGGAGGAUUGUUUGUAUCGGGAUACUCCCUGUCUGAAAUGCCCCAGCCAUAAACAACAUAUCAGUUCUAUAUCUAUGGCCCUAGCAGCACAUAUCCAUAAUGUAUUCAUUUAUUUUCAUGGUUAAAAGCUCGAGAUAGAGAUUGAGAAUAUAAUACACAGGAGACCAAAAAACCACACAUGAGCUUGUGAAAGACCUCUCCCUGCAUAGCAUCACAUGUUAAACCCAAGGAUGUGACAAUGCUGCUCUGCUGUUCUCUAGUGAGUCCUGUCCCUAUUGAGAAUCCCGUCCCAUGUGAUAGCUAUAAGCAGCUUGUAGCCCAUCCACUACAGUACUACUGUACAACUCUCCUCUUCCUCUCCUCCAUUCUUAUUCUCCUCUCCAUGUGUUGGCCAUAGGGCUGCUUUAAACAUCUAACCUCUCCUCUCCUCUCCUCUCCUCUCCUCUCCUCUCCUCUCCUCUCCUCUCCUACUAGCACCAGGUGUUGAUCACAGGGCUAUUGUCCCAGUCUAACCUCCUCCUCCUCCUCUCUUCCUCUCCUCCCUCCAGGUGUUGGCCACAGGGCUGCUGUACUUGGGUAUGAACACAGCUGGCCUUUUCAUCCACUACCUGACGGACCGCGCCCAGAGACAGGCCUUCCUGGAGACCCGUCGCUGCAUCGAGGGGCGCCUCAAACUGGAGCAGGAGAACCAGAGACAGGUACCUACCUACCUUCCCUUCCAAGUAGACAAUCUUAUUGUUCAAAAUGUCAACAUUGGCAUGUGAAAUAAUGAGUAGUGUAUUAGUGACAUCACCCUUGUAAGAGUGGUAAGUGACACUGUUAGUGAUUAGUAGCAAGAUUUGUGGGGGGCAGUUUCAAACUUGAUUGUUACAUUUUAGUUCUGAUGCAAGCAUAUUCAUUCUCACUAACAGCCCUUUAUAGUAACUGCAUUUACCCGUCUCAUUUUUCAUUUGCAACAAGUCUAUGUUCACUCUGGUUAUGCCUUAUCUACAUUACAUUCACAUGCAAAUUCAACACAAUGUGUUUAAUGAAAGAUUCUGUAUUUUAUUCUCAACUGGAAAUAUAUGUAAGGACUGGGUGUGUGAGGAUAUACAGUUGCAUUGACAUGACACGGCUGUAUUAUUAGGACUGAUGAGGAAGAAGACUAACUGUAUUAUGAAGACAGCAGAGGAGGGAGAGUGACAGAGGGUCUGUGUAUUUCCCAACAGGAGCGUCUUGUGCUGUCAAUCCUGCCUCGCUUUGUUGCCUUGGAGAUGAUCGCAGACAUGAGUGCUUUGGAGGAUGAGCUCGUUCCCCAGGAGUUCCACAAGAUCUACAUCCACCAGUACAAAGAUGUCAGGUACACCCACUCGUGCACACAUACACACACACACACACACACACACACUGAUUUCCAGGCAAUAGUGUCUAUAGCACAUGGACAACACUUUUCAGAGUGAUUUAAUGACAGAAUGGAUUAGUACAAUAAUAUGGCAGAGAAAACCGAGGAAAGGAUACAGAAAAUAUAUACCGUUUUAUCAACUCACACAGUCUGAUUAUUCGUUAUGAUUACUUAUCGAUGCGCUAUGUAUGUUCAUGAGAACACUUGUGAUUUUGGUCCCACAUUAAGAAAUACUACAGUUUACUAUAGUAUACUACAGUACCUACUAUAGAAUUCUAUAUUUAACUGUAGUAUACUGUAGAAUACUAUACUACACACUGUAGUUCCCCUCGAUCAUGUGUAGUACUUACUAUAGAAUGUUGUAGAAACUAUAGUAAAUACUACAGUAUUAUCCACAAAAACACUAUUUAUUUAAAAUAUAGUAAAUACUACAGUAUUUAAUUUGCAGACAUUUAAUUGACCCAUUCCGGUCCCCAUAUCACAACUUGUGCAACUUAUAAGUGAGAACCCUCUCUCCUCCACAGUAUCCUGUUUGCUGACAUUAAGGGCUUCACACUGCUCUCAAUGAACCUGUCAGCCCAGGAGUUGGUCCGCACACUCAACGAGCUCUUUGGGCGCUUUGACCAUCUGGCUGAGGUGAGAGAAUCCUAUAACACUAUAGUAUAAACCCUGACCACUAACCCUUAACCCUAACCUCUCACUCUAACCCACAUACCUUAGACUCUGACCCUUGAACCUUGACCUCUUACCUCACCUCUUUUACAUGUAGCCCUGACCCUAACCGCUUUCUCUGGCCCACACACGUCACCUAAACCCUGACCCUAACCUCUGACCUUUAACCCUUUUGACUGAAAGGACAGUAUACUGGGGCUUAGCUAGCUCUCCUCAUUGCCAAAUGCCAAACUGGUGAUCCUAACCUUUAUCUUCUUUCCUCUCCUUCUCUCUCCCUCCCUUCUACCCCCCGCUCUCCUUCUCUCACCCUCCCUUCUACCCUCCUGCUCUCCUUCUCUCUCUCUCCCUCCCUUCUACCCUUCAACUCUCCUUCUCUCUCCCUUCCUUCUUCCUCCCCUCUCUCCCUUGGUCUCUCUCUCUUUCUGUCCCUGCCCCUUUCUCACUCUGUCUCUGUCUCUCUCUCUCUCUUUCUCUCUCUGUCUCUCUCUCUCUCCCUCUCCACUCACCACAGGAGCACCACUGUAUGAGGAUAAAGAUCCUGGGGGAUUGUUACUACUGUGUGUCAGGGGUCCCAGAGCCUCAGCGUGCACAUGCUCGCUACUGUGUUGAGAUGGGCCUGGCUAUGAUCAGCACCAUACGGUCAGUCCUAUCGCCUGAUCAGAUCUGCAUUAUAAAAUCAGCCACCUAGAUCUCACACAGAAUCAGUUUAUCCAGCUGUACUACUGACCUGUGUGUCUUGCUAUUCCAGGUCCGUGCGGAAGCAGCUGAACCAUGACAUGGACAUGCGGAUUGGGAUCCACUCUGGCUCGGUGUUGUGUGGGGUUCUGGGGCUGCAGAAGUGGCAGUUUGAUGUGUGGUCCUGGGACGUGGGCAUCGCCAACAUGCUGGAGGCAGGGGGCAUCCCUGGGUUGGUGACACUGACACCCCCAUCCCCUCCCCCAGAAUACAUCUAGCUACAUGUUCAUUAGCUAAGCAUUCAUCACUUUGUUUAAAGGUGUAGUCAAAAUUACGUUUUUCUUUGUUUUGUAUCAUAUUGUACAACAGCUGAUGAAACUAACAGUGUAAAAUGUUUUAUUUCCUGAUAGUUGCUGAUUGAAAAUACAAUCUACACAGAACCUUCAGCAGGUUUUGCAUGGGUGGAGUUUCGGCUUGUCUGGUGACAUCGCCAGGCGGUAAAUUAGUUAAUAGACCAAUAACAAAGGAAGUUCCAAACCUCUCUGACAAUAUCAGCAGUGGUGUAAAGUACUUAAGUUAAAAUACUUUAAAAUACUACUUAAGUCAUUUUUUGGGGUAUCUGUACUUUGGUUUACUAUUUAUAUUUUUUUUACAACUUUUACUUUUACUUCACUACAUUCCUAAAGAAAAUAAUGUACAUUUUCCCUGACACCCAAAAGUACUCAUUACAUUUUGAAUGCUUAGCAAGAAAGGAAAAUGGUCAAAUUCCGCACUUAUCAAUUGAACAUCCCUGGUCGUCUCUACUGCCUCUGAUCUGGCGGACUCACUAAACACAAAUGCUUCGUAUGUAAAUAAUGUCUGAGUGUUGGAGUGUGCCCCUGGCUAUCCAUAAAAAUAAAAUAAUAAUAAUAAUAAUUGUGCCAUCUGGUUUGCUUAAUAUAAGGGAUUUGAAAUUAUUUAUACUUUUACUGUUACUUUUGAUACUUAAGUAUGUUUAAAACCAAAUACUUUUAGGCUUUUACUCAAGUAGUAUUUUACUGGGUGAUUUUCACAUUUUCUAUUAAGGUAUCUUUACUUUUACUCAAGUAUGACAAUUGGGUACUUUUUCCACCACUGAAUAAUAGCUAGUUUUCAGUUUUCCGCUCCCCACUCAGACCACUUCCAGACAGUCCUAGCAAAAUUAUUGCUUGAGAAAAAGUUUUGAGCUAAAAAGCUAAAAGGAAAACUAUUACAGUAAGGUACUUGUUACACAGAAAUGAUUUAAUAUUGAUAUAAAAACGGCUGCAUUGGGCCUUAAACUGGAUUCCGUAGCGAUGAAAAUGCCACAUCUGUUUGCGAACAACAAAGAUAUUACUUCAAACAAUGAACACCGUUUUUUCCCACUUGCACAUCAUUGCAUGCAUGAUAGAACAGGUGCAGGAUGCUUCUCUGCCCCAUUUAAAAAACAAACAAAAACAAUAACAAAUGUGCCUGGGGCGACUAGGUAGCGCUUUUUCAUCUUAUAUGGAUAUCAGCUUUAACAUGUGUACCAAAAGUCCAAACUGUGAAAUCAACUUAUCUGCUAUCUAAAUAGCAUUGGCUUACUUGCACCACUCCACUCUACCAUCAUGUUUAUUGGUGUGAUGUCGCCCCGUCUCCUUCCCCAGCCGGAUCCACAUCUCCCGGGCAACUCUGGACAGUCUGGAGGGGAACUACAAGACAGAGGACGGCCAUGGCCAUGAGAGGAAUGAGUUCCUGAAGAAACACAACAUCGACACUUUCCUCAUCUGCCACAAGGAGGAUGGGCCCGGGCCCACCCCAGUGGCCCCUGAGCCCACCAAAACCCAGAUAUCCAGCCAGACCUGGAAUACGGAGCUGCCCUUUGGGAAUAUCAUCGACAUGAACUGUGUAGGAGGAGAAUUUGGAGAAUCCCACUAUCACUUUCUCUCACUAGUUUUUCUUGAGUAGUUGCUAAAAGUUAUCGGUAUAAAGGCUGGCAAUCUUAUUCCUGACUUCUGACCUUUCACCUCUGAUCUCACAGAUCCUGGCCUCCUUCACCAAUGGCUCCCUGGCGCAGCUGCCAAACUCAUCAUCACGGCAAUCAGCCUCCAAGGAGAUCAACAAGCGGAUCGAGCACGCCAUCGAGUUGCGCAGCAGCGAGCGCAUGCGCAAGGAGCACAUCACCCCGGUCACGCUGGUGUUUAAAGACGCUAACAUCGAGGACAAGGUAAGGCGGGAGGAGGGAGGGGGGAUGGUUUUAAGGGCACUAGGUAGGGGGUAAGGGGAUAAAGGUAAGCCAGAGAGCCAUAAAGUAUGCAUACAAGAGAGGGGGAUGUGAUGAUGGUAGAGUGGGUGCAAGUAGGCCUAUGCCAUUUCGUUAGACCUAUACUAUUUGUAGGUAGUUGAUAUCAGUUAAUUGUAGCAUUGCACUUGUAGCAAAUGGCAGCUUGUAUUAAAUGGUACGGAUCACAAUGUGCUUUCAUAAUGUUUUUCCUCUGUGUCUCAGUUUUCCCAGAUGAGAGACGAGAUGUUCAACUCCAACCUGAUCUGCUCCUUCAUCAUGCUCCUCUUCCUCAUGGCUGUCCAGGCCCUCAUCCCCGCCCCCAGGUAGACAGACAGCACCCACUGGCCAAUCACAGCUUUAACUCUGUGUCUAAGCAGUUUCUUUGAGCCAAUAGGAUUGGAUUUGGAUUGUGUUCUAAAUAAUCAGGAUAAUCUAGAUAGGAAACAUGUCUCCCUCUUGUCCUUUUCAUUCUAUCCUACAUACCAGUACCCUUUCCAUCAUUCUUCUGUACACUCUAAGAAAAAAGAGUUCCAAAAGGGUUCUUCAGCUGUCCCCAUAGGAGAACCCUUUUUGGUUCCAGGUAGAACUCUUUUGGGUUCCAUGUAGAACCCUCUGUGGAAAGGGUUCUACAUGGAACUCAAAAGGGUUCUUCAAAGGGUUAUCCUAUGGGGACAGCCAAUGAACCCUUUUAGGUUUUACAUAGAAACUUUCUUUCUAAGAGUGCACCCCUCCUCCCAUCACCCAUCCAUCUCUCUUAAUUCCCCCUCAAUCUCCCCCUUAUCUCAGGCUCUCCUUAACCACUUUGUCUUCAACCAAUGACUCAUUCUUUCCUCCCUAUUUUACCUCCUUCUUCACUAUUCUCAUCCCUCUCUCCUCUCUCUCUCCUCUCUGUAGGCCGUACCCGGCAGUGCUCCAGUUCUCUCUCUUCCUGCUGGCCUAUAUGUUGCUGCUGCUGAUGGCUUUGGCUGAGGAGUUUAAGCAGGCCCCUCCGGCGCUACUACAGCUCUGCUGCUGGUUCCAUGAGAACAACAGCGCCCGCAACCUCCUCACCCUCACUGCCAUCGCUAUUAACUUCGGCCUGGCCUCCACCGACAUGGUGAGUACCAGCCAGGUUUGGGGUCCAUUUCAUUUAAAUUCAGUCAUUUCCAGACUGGAUUUUCAAUGAAACUGCAUUUAUGAACAAAAUAAGUAUGAAUAAAUGGAUGGCCUGGUAUCAACGUAUCAUAGAAAUAUAUAAUUAGCACCAAUAGAGUUUAGAAAGAUAUGUAUGGUGAGUACUGGAAGGACUGAGAGUUUUACUCCUUUCUUAUCAUGAGCUGCAUUACUCAAUGUCCGUGCUUCACUCCUGCACCGUCAAACUCUUCUGGUGAAAAUGAGAAACCCCAUGAAUUCUACUGAUUGUUUCCAUCAUGUGUCUGAUUUGAGGUCCAGUAGGACAUGAGGAUGGUGUUGUGUAGUUGACUGUCCUGCUUCACUCCUCUCUCUGUCUGCUCUGGUCCAGGUGUGGUGCAUUCUGAGGGACUCUGCUAUAGCAGAGGGGCAGGGGACAGACAGGGCCAGCACAGAUACAGACACACCCAGCCAAUGGAUUCUCACUGCCUGCACCUACCCAGAGGUAAGACAGACUUCUCUGAGAGACAAAUGUGGAUUGUGGAGUGUGGAUUUAUCACAGUGUGAUCAUACACAUUUCUCAACCCCUCCUCUCUAAUAUAUUAUCUGUUGAAGAUUCACUAGACAUACACAUGCAUCCAUUUAAGACAAUAAAUAACACUGUCCCUUCCUCUCUCUCCCCCCUCCCUCCCUUCCCUCCCUCCCUCCGUCCCUCUCUGUCUCUCUCCCUCCCUCCGUCCCUCUCUCUCUCGCUCUCCCUCUCUCCCUCUCUCUCCUGUGUUCUAUAGUUUUUUGUGCUGAGUGGGGUGAUAGCCAUGGUGACAUGUGCGGUGUUCCUCAGGCUGAGUUCUCUGUUGAAGCUAGCUGUGCUGCUAUUGGUGGUGGCUGUCUACUCCUACUUUAUACAGGUGGCAUUCCACAUCCUUUAUGUCAACCAGCAAGAGCAGGACCUCCUCCUGCACAGGUACGCACACACACAAAUAUCACACACAUACAAAUAUCACAUAUAAAGUAUAACAAAUAACAUUUUACAUUUACAUUUUAGUCAUUUAGCAGACGCUCUUAUCCAGAGCGACUUACAGUUAGUGAGUGCAUACAUUUUUCAUACUGGCCCCCCGUGGGAAUAACAUAUAACAAAUAUCACGCGGCAGGUAGCCUAGCGGUUAAGCGCGUUGGGCCAGUAACCGAGAGGUUGCUGGUUAAAAUCCCAGAGCCGGCAAGGUGGAAAAAUCUGCCAUUCUACCCUUGAGCAAGGCAGUAAACCACCAACAACAACUGCUCCCUGUGCGCUAUUGAUGUUGAUUAAGAGGGGUUGGGUUAAAUACAGGAGACACAUUUCACUUGUGCAACUGACUAGGUAUCUCCCUACACUCUAAAUCAAUAUUGUGUGGGAUUUGGCUAUGAGUUGUCCAUUACCAAUUGAACACUUGGUUGAUUUUAUCACUCAAAUUCUAAUCUUUCUGUCUCUUCCUUCGUGUGUCACACACACACAGGUCUCACUACCUCAGGAGGAAGGGCAUCUCCAUCCUCCUCAUGACCAUGUUUGUUGUUGCUGUGUUCUACAAUGGAAGACAAGUACAGUAACACACAACAGUCCUUACCUUUUAUUUCAGUAGCGCUCCCCGAGGCAUCUUAUUGUGUUAAGCAGUUAUGUAGCUGCAACUGAUGUGUCCGUAACUUAUUCAAGUUUAUUGAGUCACCAUCAUCCCUCAGUAAAGUAAAGUCUAUUUGUGAUUGGCUGUUCCUUGUCAUCAAGUGGGAGGCGACAGCGAGGCUGGACUUCCUAUGGCGUCUGCAGGCUCAGCAGGAAGUGGAGGACAUGAGGGAGCUGCGGGAGCACAACGGGUAUCUGCUGAACAACAUCCUGCCAUCGCACGUCGCAAGACACUUCCUGGAGAGGGGCAGGAACAACGAGGUACAGAAAACGCCAUGACACUGUAUAGGCUACUGAAUAUCCUGAUUCCAAAACAAUCCCUUGCACAUGUCCAUUAGCCUGGUCCCAGAUCUGUUUGUGUUGCCUUGUCAACUCCUAUAGUCAUGUUUUGGCAAGACCGCACAAACACAUCUGGGACCAGGGAACCUAUUGUCGUAUCGGGUGAAUGGUGGCCAUUAUUGCUGUCAACAAAGAGUCCGUUUAUGCUGCAUCGUGUCAGAGGCUUUUAUUAAAAUCACGAGGUUACAGCAUAAAUGACAGGUGACAUGACACCCGGGGAGCAACGCCUCAGAAUGGCUGCUCGUUCUCCCUUUCUUCUUCGUUUUCCCCCCUAUUUAUAAACACUGAUGCUCCCUCUUCUGGCCAAUCACCAGUCUCCCCUGUCUACAACACACUUCCGGUCUGCUGUAUAUGGCGUUACACCUAAAACAUUCCCUCUUGAUACUAACAUAAACACCAUUCCAUUUCUUCAUGAAAAACAUUUAACAAAGGCAUAAUCUUCAGAUACGAUACUAUCCUCAGGUCUCUUCACAUCACAGAUCAGAUAGGUUAAAGGAAAUGCCUAUUAAACAAUCAAGUUCAUAUUAACUUCUCAAUGUGUGUCCUUUCUCCCUUCUUCAGGAGCUGUACUCCCAGUCCUAUGAGGAGGUGGGGGUGAUGUUUGCCUCAGUCGCAGGGUUCACCGACUACUAUGAGAAGAAGGAGAUCAAACACGAGGGGGUCGACAGCCUCCGACUGCUCAACGAGAUCAUCGCUGACUUUGACGAGGUGAGGGUGAGACGAGGAGGGGGUACGGCCCAGGCAGAGUUUUGCAAUGUGUUGGAACACCAGAUAUUUUCUCUCACUUUCCAUCCCAACAAAUAAAAGUGGAACUGACAGCGUUUUAACUACUUUGCAGAUAUGAAAUAUACAGACAAUCAUAAUAUCAGUCAAAAAUAUCAAAUUCCCAGUUUACGCUACAAAAUUUUUUAAAAUCUGUCCUAUUUUACUCAAAAUGCAGUUCAAUGCAUGAUUAACAUAAUUCACCAAUACAUGUCUUGGUCCCAAAAAAAUUGCUAUCAGGAUGUAAAUCACAGCUGGCCUGGUACAUUGUUUGCUGCCUCCACCCAUUCGGGAUGCACUGUUUGAGUUUCAAUGAUUUAAUAUUUUGGACAAAAACGUACACAUUUAAUUAAAGCUGGGAAUGUCAAUACAAUCAAACUAGCAAGGUCAAUGAUCACAAGUCAGUCAUAACGUGGUUUAUAGACUAGCGUACCUAUUUAUGUAGCAAUUUAUUUUGCAAGCUAAAAACACAAAGCCUAACGUUAACUAGCUAGCUAGCUGCUGGGAGGAUGUCAUGUCAUUGGAGGAGUGGGUGAGUGGACUACUUUUUCCCAUCGUAUCGUUUUUCGGUGGCUACAGCUGGAGAUGCAGGUGUUAUUUGGUUAACUAGCAUGAAAUGUGAAUCGCUUUGCUAGCUAGCUAGCUAGCUAUGCUGAACUUGAAGGACUGUUAUCCACAGUUAGCAUGCAUAUUUCUUAGUUGUCAAUUAAAUGUAUUUGGCAGGCAGUUCUCAUUCAGUUUUCAAAACGUGGGUUGGAACAAGCAUGCAUUGGCAGGCAAGCUGCAGAAGGGCGAGCAGGCUACUAUUCCCCAUCGUUUAUCAUUGCAAUUCUGACGGACAACUACAAGUUGAAAAAGUUUGAGAGGGUUUAUCUGCUCUUUUCUCGUUAGAGUUUAGCUCAUCUCGCUCUGGCUAACAUUAGUUGUUGAUCUAGGGAGAGAUAGCCUACAUGUUCAUGGUUGUUUGAUCAAUAGGACUGUAAAGUUCCCAAAUGUAAGAGGACUCCUGUGGUAUUUACAUAUUUGCAGAAAUCCAUUCAGGUGUAUUUGUGGCUUUUGGUGAAUGCUUUCUAAUGGUCUAAAGUCACGCUGUUGCUACUGUCUGUAAACACCCAGUCCAGUUCAAAGUCAAUGAUGGCUGGCCCGUGUGGCAAAUGGCUUAUUUGCAUGUAGGCCUACUGUAGCUCUGAUUGGCUAUGGCGCACCGGUCUGUCUGUCUAGAGUCCGGUCCUGGACAAGACUGACAUGUUAUUAUUAGGUUUUAUUUACUGCAGUGUCUAUUAAUUGUCCAAAUGCAUGGCCGCUUUCCCACUAUAUAUUGCUAUAGAAUUUUCACAAAUGCCUUUCUCAUUCCCAAACAUUCUAUGAAAACGUGAAAAUGACCAUAUCUAAGUGCUUGCUUGUCAGAAAAUGUAAAAAAUAAAAUAAAAGGCGGCAUGUUCUUCUUGGAGGUGUAUAUGAACAGGUUUUUAUCUAGUCAAGUCCUAAUUUUUUGUUAAGUAAAAACAUUUUUUCUGAGGUGAGCUUCCUCACUGUCUUUCUUUCAUUCUCACUCACUUUGUCUUUUCCGUCUUUCUUUCCCUCCCUACUCCUUCUCUCUCUUCACACUAGCUGUUGGAGGAGUUCUAUUUUCAUGACAUUGAGAAGAUCAAGACCAUCGGCAGCUGUUACAUGGCAGCAUCUGGCUUAUCUCCAGACAGACAGGUACUGCAACAUCCUUUAGUCAUCUGGGUACCAAACCAAACAUACAUUUUUGGAUGUGUCAUCAUAACUCUUCAAAGAGGGGUUGCCUCAGGAAAAGUAGAGAAGGGACUUACCGAAAAAUGUAUUUUCCUUAUUGCUGUCCUCUUGUUCUUUCUAUCCUGUCUUUCUCACGAACCUCCCUCCCUCACACACACACACACACGCACAUUCAAAGUCGCAGUCCCAUGGACGUGUGAAUGGGUGGCACCACCUGAGUGAGCUGGUCCUGUUUGCCUUGGCCAUGCAGGAGACCCUGAGAGAGAUCAACAAAAAAUCUCACAACAGCUUCCAGCUCCGUGUGGGUAAGAGACAACAACAGAGACUAUACACAGAGAGACUAUGCUCAGACAGACCUACGCAGACAUAUGGGCCUAAACUACAUGUUUUAUGAUACUCAAUAAUGAUCAAUAAGAUGGUGGUUCUCUCUGUUUGAGAUGAUACAGUAGAUCAGUCAAGAUUGCAUUCUCUCUCACACAAUAGCCAGCUAGCACUAACAUUCUGAGAACCAUAUGCUUCUUAGAGCUUGGUGAGAGCGUGGUUGUCCUAUGGUUAUUUUUGCACACAACCUUCCCACAACUUUCUGGGAAUGGUGCAGGAUAGUUGCUUAGCUUUGGAACAUUCUCAGCACAUUUAAGGAAGUUUCCUAAAGGUUUCAAAUAUGGUUAAAUUUAAUUUCAAUUUUGGUAAUGUUCUAAGAACGUUCUUCAACGGUUUUGACAUUGAGUAUGUUCUCAAAUAGUUCAGUGAACGUAAAGAAACAAUGUUCUUCUGUGGGAAUUUCACUACUUCAGCAUAACGUUUCCUACAGGUUUCCUCAUGGUUCUAUUUAAAGUCAUGUUCUCAUUGUUCCAAGAAAAAAGACUUUCCAUAAAAACCACAAGACAACUUGAGUAAUGUUCAGAGAACGUUCUAAGAAUUUUAUUUUAAAAUAUAUACAUUCUGUCAACAAAACUUUCUCUAUCCUCUAUCUUGUUAAGUGUGUUCAAGUGUGUUGUCCGCGCCCACUAAUUGGCCAUAACUGAUCUUAAUGAGUGUUUGUUUCCUUUGAAAUGGGUUUUAAAAUGAACAGCUUUGUAUGCGUAAAAAACAUGGCUUGCUAGUUCCAUCCUGAUGGCGCAGUGGACUAAUUCCAUGGAUAGAGAACCAAAGAUUAUAGGGUCGAAUCUCACUGAUGCCGUGUCAUGAUAAAACAUUUAUGUGUUUGUGUGAGUAAUGCCUAAGGAAUGAAUUUCCAUGUGUCCUAUCUGUGCUUGUAGUUUAAGAAAGUUAACACAAAAUAAGCUAACAGUGUUAUUAAAAGUCUUAUUGAAACAUUCAGUGAAAGUUUUAAGGAAGUUACUAAAACCUUCAGAGCGUUAAUAAAACCUCAGAGAAAACAUUUCAAGGAACCAGAGUAAAACGUUCCCAGGACCUCCCUGCAACCUAAAAAUAAAUGUUCCCAGAACAGGCGAAAUGUUCACUUCUGCUCUCGGAACGUUUAAAAAAACGUUCAGUUAUAGCAGUCAGGAAACGUAUGGAUUCAUUCCUACAACCAAUGUGAAACCAAAAACAUAUGUUCUCACAACUUCCAAGGAACCAAAUGUGCUAGCUGGGUAAAUACUGAUUACACUGUAAUAAGCUUAAAACUUUUACUAAGUCAAUACUCAUCCAAUCAAGCCUCUCCACGUUUAUUUCUAACCACCACUCAGGCAUCGCUCAUGGGCCUGUGGUUGCCGGGGUGAUCGGCGCAACCAAGCCUCAAUAUGACAUCUGGGGGACGACGGUGAACCUGUCGAGCCGCAUGGACAGCACAGGCGUGAGUGGCCGCAUCCAGGUGCCCGAGGCCACACGCGGGAUCCUGGCUGCCUGGGGCUUCGUCCUGGAGCUGAGAGGACAGAUCUACAUCAAGGGGGUGAGGAUCCAGAAUAUGUAUAUCUCUCAAAUGAUACCCUAUACCCCACAUUGUGCACUGCUGUUGUCCAGAGCCCUAUGGGGCUAUAGUAUAUAGUACUAUACACUUCAAGAGGAAUUCAGAAAAUUAGGAUAUCGCUUUCUAAUCAGGUUUUUUGUGUUAUUGUAGGUGAGCGAGCGGCAGGGGAAGGUCCGGACUUACUUCAUCAACAGCAGUCACGCCCAAAGGGCCAGUAACAGGACUUGGGGACGGUCAGUGGGGCGAUCGGAGGGCAGGAACACCCUGGCAGCGGUGGUGUUUGGUCUGGUACAGUCCAGGCAGAAGGAGAAGCAGAGAGAGGCCAACAGAGUGUUGUUCAGCAUGGCCCCCAGCAGCGGACAGUGCUAA